UUGUUCUUUUACAAGUUAAGGAAUGGUGACUACUAGAAGUAUGGUGAGAAAACUAACGAAGUCGGGCACUUCUGACGAUGAUACUUCAGGAUCAUGGUUAAGCUUUAACGAUGAUCUGUUGCUAUUAAUUUUGAUGCAUCUUGGAUUUUUUGAUUAUGUUGCUUUAAGUGGCGUGUGCAAGGCAUGGAGAUCGAUUGCGUUCUCUAACUGGAAUAAGUUUAUGAUGUCAAAACAACCCAUGUAUUUAUCUAUCAGCUCUGAUCUAAUAUUUCAUAAAGAUUGCUACAUACACGACCACACAAGAAGAAAGUUGAAGACCAUAAUUCCCCAUUCUAGUGCCAGGAUGUGUAUUGGAGUAAAUUGCGGUUACUUGAUAUUUUUUAGAGGAAAACCAGUGACUUCUGGCAUGUGAAUCCCUUCACAAGGAAGGAACUUCAUUCCCUGAUUUCUCCGAUGCUAUAAGUAAUAUGUCAGCAAGCAAAAAGGGUAUUCUUGUCUAUUCACAUGCAAUGUCUGGGUGGGUGUUUGUGAUAAUCACCUAUCAAUGUAAUUCCACUGGCUUAGCUUUCUCUUUAGCUGGUAAACAAUCCGAAUGGAGAUAUAUCUCUUGCAAUCCCCCUAUCCUUGAUCUACACUUUUUCAAGGGAAAAAUAUAUACGAUACACACCAUGAGUCAGUUAUAUGAAUUCAGGCUUAAUCCAGUUCCUACCUUUAUCCCACAAAAAAUGAAGAAUUUCUCGCUGUUACACGUCAGAUAUAGGAACUUUAUAAGUUCAGGUGAAAAACUUUAUGUGAUGACUAAAGUAAAUAAUGAUUUUGAUACUCUUGAAGUUGAUUUUGAUGAAAUGAGAUGGGUGAAUUCGGAAAAGACAAUAGCAGAAUAUAAACUUUUUGUAAGUGACUUGAAGUGUGAUGCUGCUAUUAGGCCCGAUCCAUGGGCCCACCCUUGGACACAGUACGGGAGGAUUAAUCACGCUGAUUAUGGCAAUCAAAGUAAGGAGAAGGGCAAAUGUUUGACUACAUACAUGUGGUACUUCCCCCAUGAUUGCUUGAUUGAUAACAACGCUGAUACGGUGAAUGGUGCUUUGCUGAAUAUUCUUGACGAGUAGAGCAAGAAAGUGGGUAAAUCUUCUUCUGGUAGUUCAAGUAAAUGCAUGCGAAGAUGAAAAGAACAGUAAACAUAUUAGUUGUAAUGUGGGAAACUAGUUGAACUUGAAAGUUGUAAUUGACUAAUUGUGAGUUUAAGAUGGUGACAAGUUUGCACUUUUCUUGUCUUUGGUUCUUCGCUCUCAAGCAAAGGGUCUUGUUGUCUUUGGAUUCUUAGUUCUCAAGCGAAGGGUGUUUAGGAAUGUGUUUUAUU